AUGGACUGGAUCGACCUGGUGUGGGGUGUCCUGGCCUGGUCUGAUGCCAGCGCGGCACAAGAUACCGGCGAACAAGGCAACGAUUGGAGUCAUACACGGAAUCGGAAUGCCCAAAAUGCUGGCGACUUGGAGGCCGCCACGGCGGCGGGAAGAUUGGGUUCUGCCAAUGUCGGCGCUAUCGAUAUGCAAAAUGCUGGAAAAAUCAAAUUCGAUCCGCCCAAAGUGCCAGUGAUAUUUGUUUUAGGCGGCCCAGGUAGUGGCAAGGUCACCCAUUGCGAUACAUUCAUGCAGGAGCGACGCGGAGUAACGCACAUCAAUAUGAUGGAUCUGCUGCAGCAAUAUGCAAUGGGAAAUGACAUGCAGGACUUUUCGCAACUAUCGUCGAAAACAGUCACCGAGGUGCUGAUGUUGGAAAUGAAAAUGGCUCCAGCUGCCAAAGCAUACCUGAUAUCGGGAUAUCCACGUUCAAUGCGCGACGUUGUCGAGUAUUCGGAGAAGAUACAAGUCGUGAAUGGCGUGAUUCUAAUAUCCUGGCGUCAAUCGGUUCUACAGAAACAAAUCGAUUAUGGGGCCAAAUUAGGUCAUGUAGUACUCUCCUUAGCCAAAAUGGAAUUGGAAAAUUUCUUUAAAAAUGUGAUGCCAGUCGCUGAUUAUUUUGAUCAAAGUGACAUGCUGUUGGCCGUUAAUGGCGAGCGUGCUCCCACAGAGGUGUACAAAGACUUUCGCACCGCUGUCCUCGACAUACUCAGCACCCUUGAGAACCAAGAGGCGGUGAUGAACGGAGUAACAGGUAUGGGCAGAGGGGUGCAUGACAUACCCGGCAGUAUUGUUAGCGUUGACACCGCUCCAAGUCAAGCCCAACAAGCGACUCAAAUUGCAGAAGGCAGAGCCACCAAUGACACCACCACAGACACCGAUACCACAGGCACCGUUCUGGCCAGGGAUCUGGCCUUGGAUCGAAGCGAUGGUGGCCGAAAUGUGGCGGUGGCUGCCUUAAAGAUGGACACCCAGAGUGCGGACGAUGAUAGCGGAGUUGUGGUCACCAAGCAGCCAAAGCUACGUCCAGGUUCGGAUGAUUCUGAGGGUCUACCGCCCAUUAUCUGGGUAAUUGGAGGUCCUGGCAGCAACAAGGCCACGCUGUGUCUCAAGGCCGUGGGUCUAAACCCUGGAUGGGCACACAUUAGUGUGGGUCGUCUUUUGCGUAAUAUCACGGACUCAGCACCACGUGCCAAUACCGAAAGCUAUGCCGUUAAGGAGUCCUUGGCCGCCGGGGAUAUGGCGCCAGAGAAGUCCUUGAAUCAAUUACUGGAGACCAAUCUGCGCCUGUUGCGGGAUAGAACUGGAAUCAUCAUAGAUGGCUAUCCCAGGAAUUUGCAGCAAGUCAAGUACUUUGAGAAUAAGUACAAGCAACGCCCGCCCAUUAUCCUGCUCGAUUGUUCCAAACUCCAACUGGGCAGAGGACGUAUUGAUGACACUGUGUCUUCAUUCCGCCGUAGAUUGGAGCUAUUUCGUGAGCAGACGCUGCCCAUGCUAAAGAUCCUGGACACCAGCAAUCGCUUGCAAAUCGUCGAUGGCGAUACGGAUAGUCCUUCAGUGCAGCGUGAAUUCGAGCGUCUUAUUCGGAAUCACAUUCACCGGUUGCUGAACAAGAGCGAUAAUCCGGAUGAAUCGGUUCCGUUGGGUGAUCAGAUGAUGCGCAAUGAGCAGACCGAUGCCAUUCUCCAUGACUUGGAGACCAAUGUGCCUGGGGCAGUACCCACUAUAAGUCAUCAUGUGAGCAUGAUGAAUGGACACCUAAAAAACCGCGGAAGUGCCUUGGGCAGCGGCACAUCCCGCCCAAUGAUGAACGGUCAUGUUCCCGGUAGACCCGGAACCGGAAACGUAACCCAACCCGUGCCCGUUGAUUUCCGGCAUAUGCUCGAAGAGGCCGAGCGAUAUCCGGUCGACUCGUACAUGUAGAGUCCUGUUCUCAUAAUCAAGUUUUAUAGUUUUAUAAUGGAACUAGGAGUAAGUGUAUUGUUAAUGCUGAUUUGUUGAAUUUUCGUAUUCGGUGCGAGGGACCAAUAAGUUUCAAGAGUCCUGCUAGACUAAGGGUUAGAAGAAUUUAAUUCUAUAUCAUACUACACUAGAGAUUUACACGCAAAUCGGAUUAGCCUAAGUGAGCUUUUAUUGGAGAUUCCAAUGCAAUUGAAAGUAGACAUAAACUUUGAACGAAUUCAAUAAA